UUUUAAGUCAACACAUGUUCCCGUAGCCAUGUGUGUCGAAGGGAGGAAGUUUUCAACAUUUUAGUUAGCUUUUGUUGUAAAAACAUAAAAAUGCCAAAAGAUAUAUCGUCGUCUUCAAGCGAAGAUGAAGCGGAGAGUUCUGUUGCUGGACCGGUAGAAACGGCAAAGGAACACAGAGAGAAGACCACACGGUACAAGUGUCCUGCAGAUUUUGUGACUUUCCAGCACGAACCCUGCAGCAGCACUCUGGCAGACAGUCUGAAGAACAACAACAGCGAGUUAUGGCUCAUCAAAGCUCCUUCCAACUUCAACCCCAAAUGUCUCCGCGGCAUGAAGGUGCCCCUCUCCGGGUUGGAGACGCUGAAGGUUCCCAGCGCUGCAGGCAACGGCCCGCAGAUCUACAGCCUCCUGGCCUCCGCCCUCAGCAGCCCGGAGCUGCAGCUGCUCACCAGCGACACGCAGGCGUCGGAUCGCAUGGUGUUCGCCCCGGCGUUUUCAGGCCUGCUGAACGUGCACGAGUGCUACGGCGACAGCAGCGCCGACCAGACACCCCGGCCCAUCCCCGCCACUCCGUCGCCCUCAAUCCCACAGGGACUGAAACAGCGGUUCCACCCCUUCGGCAGCAAGACUCCCACGCUGACCUGCGUGGCGGACGACGAGCUGGACGGAGCUUCGCUGGGGCCCUCGUCCGCAACCCUCCGGCCGCUGGUGGUCAAACAGUUAGAGGAUGAAUGGAGGAAUGAAGCUGAGGAGGAAGGCAGGAAAAAGAAGAAGAGAAAGAAAGAAAAGCGCAUGAAAAUGGAGGAAGCCAAGGAGGACGUGCAAGUCAAGCAGGAACCCGUUGAUGAAAUUCAGAAAGAGGUGACGAUGGAGCCGCCCCUCCAGGAGGUGGAUCAGUCGGUGGAGAAGAGGAAGAAAAGGAAGAAAAAGAAGGACAGGGAGCGAGAGGAGGUGGAGGAGGGAUUGGAGCCCAGUGAGGAGGUGAAGGUGGAGCAGGUUUCUGUCAAACUUGAGCCGAUGGACACUUGGUGUGCUGAUCCUGCAGAAGCUGCAGGAAAGAAGAAGAAGAAGAAGAAAAACAAAAGUCAAGACGAUUAGCUGCUGCACUCUAUUAACUUUUUAUUUGUACAAACUUGUGAAUUCAUGUGUUAGAUACAGGACUGUCUCAGAAAAUUAGAAUAUUGUGAUAAAGUUCUUUAUUUUCUGUAAUGCAAUUUAAAACAAAAAACAAAAAUGUCAUACAUUCUGGAUUCAUUACAAAUCAACUGAAAUAUU